GCCAUUUACAAAAUGAAAGCUGUAGAUGCAAAAAAAAAAAUCCAUCAACAACUGAAGUGAAAAGUUUUCAAUUUCAGCUGUUUUCAUUUUAAUUUUUUUGUUUUUCUUGGAUUUUCUAAUGAAAUUCAGUCCGUAUGAAUAAUAGCUUUUCUCAAUCAACAUCCUCAACUGCACAGAUCUCGAACGAUAAUUUGAAUAGUCCAAGGCCUAUUACAGAAAAUACGCCCCUAAUGGAUGGACACAUAGGAGAAUCCAGCUUAAGGCACACCAGCACCGAUCGUCCCGAUCGUCUGGAACGUACUGCAAAGAAAAAACGCGAACGUGGUCCUCAUGAAGGUGGAAAUUAUGGGUCAUUGGGAGAUGUACCCCCGAUAGCAGAUCGGGAACAAAGACAAAGAAGUAUGAGAGGAGCCAGAGGUGGCAAUAAUCCGUCAGGGUCAGGGGGAGGCCAUCCGAAUGAUAAUAUGCCUGAGGAAGAGGAAGACGAGGGUUUGAAGUAUGGAGCGCAGCACGUCAUCAAACUAUUUGUUCCUGUGUCAUUUUGUAUGCUUGUGGUGGUUGCAACUAUUAACGCAGUCAGUUUCUAUUCCUCCACCGAUGUUUAUUUAUUGUAUACACCGUUUCAUGAAUCCUCUCCAGAUCCAGGGACCAAGUUUUGGAAUGCUAUUGCUAAUUCGCUUAUUCUGAUGGUGGUGAUUGUCUUCAUGACAGUCUUGUUGAUUGUUCUGUAUAAGAACCGUUGCUACAAAAUCAUCCAUGGAUGGUUGAUUUUGUCCAGUUUUAUGCUUCUUUUCAUUUUUAGUUAUCUUUAUUUAGAGGAACUUUUGAGAGCUUAUAACAUUCCAAUGGAUUAUCCAACAGCGAUAUUGAUAAUGUGGAACUUUGGUGUCGCCGGAAUGAUGUCGAUUCAUUGGCAAGGACCAUUGCGUUUGCAACAAGCUUAUCUUAUUUUUGUAGCAGCACUUAUGGCUUUGGUUUUCAUUAAAUACUUGCCUGAAUGGACAGCUUGGUCUGUAUUAGCUGCAAUUUCAAUUUGGGAUUUGGUUGCUGUACUUACACCAAAGGGACCUCUGAGAAUACUUGUGGAAACUGCACAAGAACGAAACGAGCAGAUAUUCCCAGCCCUGAUUUAUUCGUCAACAAUUUUAUACUCCUACAUGGGAACAAAUCAUCCCAACGAUGGUAUAAAUCCUCGCCCCAAUGCAAUUGCUGUUAGUACACGAAGUGAAUCAGCUGCUUCAUCAACAAGACGGUCAGGUAAUACGAGUAGUGAACAGGCAACAACAAGUCCUGAAGGUACGCCUCUAGUGACUUUUAGAUCACGUCCAAAUGACGCUGAUGUCGGCUUCACCCAAGAAUGGUCCUCCAACAUGGAUCAGAGAAUUGCUAGGCGACAAAUCGAAGUACAAGCUAGCAAUGGUGGCAGUUCUGGUCGAUCGACUGAGUACCGCACAGUCACACACCCAACCACUGUUCCAUGUGAAAAUGGAGAAUUAGUAGAAGAACGUGGCAUUAAACUCGGACUGGGUGACUUUAUUUUCUACUCAGUUCUUGUUGGGAAAGCAUCCAGCUAUGGCGAUUGGACAACAACUAUUGCUUGCUUUGUCGCAAUCCUUAUCGGGCUGUGCUUGACAUUAUUGCUGUUGGCUAUAUGGCGAAAGGCACUGCCUGCACUUCCGAUCUCAAUUACUUUUGGUCUAAUAUUUUGCUUUGCAACAAGUGCCGUUGUCAAACCUUUCAUGGAGUCAUUGGCUGCUGAGCAAGUUUUUAUAUAAUCAGCGUUUUAGUAUUAUGUAUUAUAAACUUCCCCGUAAAAGGAAAUACUAAGAAUUAAGUGUUAAGUAUAUUUUUUGUGUUAAAUCUCUUACUUAAAUCGGGAAUAAACGAGAAGGGAAGAAUCCCAUAACCGCCUCUAUAUUAAGGCAAUUUAUGUAAUAACCUAGAUUCCUAAAAAGACACAUACACAAACGUGUAACACAUUUUUUUAAAAAUUAUAAUUAUAGCUUCGAAACUAACAAAUUUAAUAAAAAAAAAUUUAAAUGCCAACAA